AUGGAGAAUAAUGAUGGAAUUAACAAUGAUAAAAAAGUUGAAGGUGAAAAGUUUAAAAAUUCACCUGCAUCAAUGAACACAAUAUUAAAAAAUUCUUUUGUAAAAGAAAACGACUUGCCAUGGAAAGGUGAAGAAGAACCAAGUGUAACAGUUUUAAGAAUGUUAGUAGAUAAAUAUCCACCUUUAAAAAUCAAAAGAAAUUCAAUUAAAGAAUACAUUGAUUUUCACAAUAUAAAUAAAAAAGAAAAAAUCCAAAAAUUAAAAGAAGCAAAACAAACACGUCUAUUAAAUGCAAAAGAUGCAGCAAUUGAUUACAGAUGGAAUUCACUUGUUGAAUCUCGUAUUCAAAAGGCUAUGGCAGCUGGAGAAUUCAAGAAUUUACCAUAUCAUGGUAAAAAAAUACCCACCGAUCCUGGCGAAUUGAAUCCAUUCAUUGAUCGAUCAGCACCAGCGUGGAUAGAGAUGCAAGCAGAAUUAGAUAAGGAAAUUCAAAAUUUUCGGAAGCAUGUUAGAGAAAUUUGGUUAAAAUACACUAAAAUUAAUAAAUUAGCACCAAACAAAGCUGAUUCUGCAUGGGAACAAUCUAACUUUAAUUUUUUUCAAGUAUCAAUUAAAGCUUUAAAUAAUCGUUUAAGAUCAUAUAAUACCAUUGCACCUUAUUCUGUCAGAAGAAUAUAUCUAACUGUCGAAGGCGAAUUGAACAAAAUGUAUCAUGAUAUGAAAAAUAUCAAUAGUAAUAGUGACGACAACGACGACGAUGAUGGUAAUCAAGAAGCUAAUAAAACUUACAGAAAGAUUAAUGCAGUCCCUGCUUAUGAAGAGCUAAAUCAAAAAUUAAUUAAAAUGCUUAUGGGCAAAUAUUCUAAUAUUAUUGCCGUAUUAAAAAUUUCCCAAUGGAAUGAUCAUCAUGUUCAAGUUACCUUCAAAGUUAAAGCAGCAAGCAUUGUCGAAGGAGCUGGUGCAGUAGCUGUCAAGGCUUUAAAACGUGUGAUAACUGGUAGAGAAAACAAGAUUUUAGAAGCAACAAUUAAUGUAUAUUACCUUGAUGAAUCUGAAGUGCUUACACCAGCUGACGAACAACAUCACAUUAACAAAAAUAAUUACAAAGUUCCAUUUGAAACUGCCGAAUUGAAAAGGCUUCCAGCGUUGAAUUUUUCUGCUGAUGGUGUAGCAGCGUAA